AUGCCUGCUGCUCUCAGGGCCUUAACUGUCUUGUAUGUGCUUGCAGUUCUUGCUGGAAAUCAGGUGGAAGGGCGGCACCAUCAGCCUGAUUGUCCUUCUUUCUCGUGCGGUCUUCUUGGAAACAUAUCGUCUCCAUUUCGUCGGGCAAGUGAUCCACCUGGGUGCGGCUAUCGAUCUUACAAGCUGGUUUGCAGUGAUACCAAGGCUACGAUAUGCAUCGGCGGUGCAACUUACUAUGUGUCUGGUAUCAACUACAGUAAUUUUUCCUUCUGGGUUGUUGAUGCCGACUUGGAUUUACACAACAGCUGCCCUCUACCUCGGUGGAAUCCUCCAUACCCACACGACAGCAUGGAAGUCGAAUUGGACCCCCUUGUAGAUACUCGGGCUUGCUUUGUAAAAUGCUCUCAGGAAGUAAAGGGCACUGGUACGUACAUGCAUGUUGCUUGCCUAAGCACCAACGAUUCUUUUGUUUACGUGCUAACUGGCCUCAGAUCUACAUACAUGGAGUACCUUCAACCUUCUUGUGGGUACUUGGCCGUGACUCCUCGACCUUGGGACAGUCCGACGCUAGAAAAUGCAAGUUAUGCAGAUGUUGUGAAAUCCAUGAGGACUGGAUUUGCUGUUUAUUUUCCUUUGAGAUAUACUAGGGAGACCAUCAAGGGAUGCCUAAGAGACAUUGUUCGGUGAGUUCGGGAUUUUGAGAUAUGUAUAUACCAUGGUUGUAUUUGUUUCCCGUACCUGGCUAUCUUAUCCCAAAACUGAUGAGCCCCUCUUUCAUUCCCUUUAUUGUAUUGGUAUUGCAGCCCCUUCUAUGAAGUGCCAGUGUUGAGUGAGGGCAUCAAGCGACUUAUUACAUACAGUCUUCUGGCUGAUGGAUUUUCUUGGAUUAUUGUGUAUUUAAUACAGGUGUUCCCGGUUACAUCAUAAUAAUCAUCUUCUGGAUUCUGAAGUGGCUAGCAGGUAACUCAGAGUUUGUGCUCUUUAUUGCAGUUUGUUCAUCAUCACAUCUAUGCAAUCAUGUACCCACUAAACCCUAUAUAAACUUGUUUAUUCAGUGUUAUGCAGGUUCGUGUUGGCACCACUGGCUGUGUUGAUCUUCCUCGCCCACAAGUAUUGGAAAACGAGGAUCACGAUCGAUGCUGUCGAGAAGUUCCUCCGAAAGCAACAAAUGCUAGGUCCAAUGAGGUAUGCCUACACCGACAUCACAGCAAUUACAAGCCAUUUCAGAGAUAAGCUGGGCCAGGGAGGCUACGGCUCUGUGUUCAAGGGUGUGCUAUUGCCAGGCAAUGUUCAUGUCGCUGUCAAGAUGCUAGAGGGCAAUCCUAACUGCAAUGGAGAAGAUUUCAUCAAUGAAGUCUCCAUCAUCGGUAGGAUCCAUCACGUUAAUGUGGUGCGCCUCAUGGGAUUCUGCUCAGAGGAAAUGAGGAGAGCACUAGUUUAUGAGUACAUGCCUCAAGGUUCUCUGGACAAGUACAUCUUCUCAGCCAAGAAGAGUUUCUCUUGGGACAAGCUAGCCGAUAUAGCAGAUCCGGCUUGAUCCAUAUUACGUUUUUACCGCUACUUCCUCGAGAAGGACGACAAGGGUGUCAAUAAGGGCAAGGGCAGUUGUGGAUGAUCUUCUUCAUAGCUAGUAUGUAGGUAGAACAUGCCAAAUUUUGGUAGUCCGAUGGCAUGUUCUGAACUAGUAGCCGGACGAUGUGUGUUGCAUUGUUUACGUACAUUGCAUGACUUCGUAUGGAUUUGAGGUAUAUGCUAAUUGAGAUGUCCGACUGUGAGAAGGA